CGAAGGUAUAGAUUUGUGGGGAGAACAGACAAGUCGCUGAUCUGUACAAUAUGGCAGGAUUGCCUGAUCAGGUGCUGCAAUGGCUGUACAGUGUGCUCCUGAGUGAAUACCAUGAUGCCCAACGUGCCUAUAGCGACAGUGUCGCCGCCCUCUCGGCAUAUCCCUCACUAUCACCUCGAACCGAAGUGUACACAUACAACACUGGACGGCCAGCACUGUUGCUGCGCCUUUCGGGCACGCUCCCGGUCAAGUUUCGCGGUACCGUCUACAGGUUUCCCGUGACGAUAUGGCUACCGCAUGCAUAUCCCGCGGAUCCCGAGGGAAUCAUCGUCUUCGUACUCCCUGGUGAUGGUAUGGCUAUCCGUCCUGGGCAGCAUGUCGGCGUGGACGGGCGAGUCUACCACCCGUAUCUGCGCGAUUGGGCCGUCAAUCAACGCCCGAACCUCGUCGACUUCUUACGCAUCCUUCAAGAUGUCUUUGCCAGAGAACCUCCCGUUGUUGCGAAACCCGUUCAACAGCUUCAGUCACCCAUGCAGCGACCGCCACCUCCUCCAAAAGAGCACUCUCGUCCGACACAAUCUCAUGCUGCAGACAUGUCGGCAGGAGGACCUCCGCCUCGACCACCCAAGCCUGGCGAGCAAGGCCAUUCUGCCACUCCUGGAACAAGUCGAAACGAUGGGCCGCCUUUGCCGCCUCUACCGCACGAACGCCAAAGUCAGUCACCGCACUCGCGACCGGGGAGCGCCUUCGAGGCGCCGCAGGCUCAGCGAUACUCGAGAGCUCCUCCCUUACCACAACAGAUGCAGCAGAACUAUAGACAGACGCCGCCUUCGCCCUUGACGCCAAACGCGCAUACUCCUACCCAACGAUAUACUCAGCCUCCCCCCCUGCCACCACCACAGCAAUACCAACAGCACCCAAUACCCAUACGUUCAGCUUCCCACCAACCACAUCCACAACAAUACCAACAACCUCCUCCACAACAAUUCCAACAGAUGCCUCCGAACAUGUCUGCUCAGCACUAUCCGACACAACACAAUCCCCAUCAACAACCAGCCCCUGUCAAAUCCGCCCCUGCUCAGGACCUCCUCAGUGAUCCCUUCGAUGUCAGCAUAUCGACAACAGCCUCAUCAGGUCCAGCUCCUCCCAUCCCUCCUAACCCAGAAAAGGACCAUCUUUUACACCUCCUAUCUCAAUCUCUCGUCGCUCAAAUCCACCAGAAAGUAAAUCAGAAUACUUCUGCUCUGGCUCCUCUACGCGCCCAAUCUAUCGCUUUGCAAGAUGCACACUCAACACUGAACAUCGAGCUCUCGCAGUUGACAGCUCUGGACAAUACACUCACAACAAACGAACGUAUCCUUCACCAAGCCCUCUCCGACUGCGAUCGCGUCAUCGCCGACAGCAAAUCUACACCACAGCCACCAAUCGAUCAUGUCCUCGUCGCUCCCACCGUUGCUUCUACGCAACUCUGGAACCUGCAGGCUGAUGAAGCAGCAAUCCGAGAAGCGCUGUGGUGUCUACAACGGGCUGUGGGUGCUGGAAGAGUUGGUUCAGAAGUGUUUAUCAAGAUGACCAGAAGUCUGGCGCGAGAACUGUUCUUGAAGAUGGCUUUGAGCAAGAAGUUAGCUGAGGGCUUGGGCUUGGAUGUUGGAGGUAGCAGAGCAGGCACUUAUGUCGGCGAUGACGGCUAUGGAUAUUGAUAACGUUGGCUAUUUACGAAAGUAUGAAGAUGACCCUGUUCUACGCAUAGUCUCUCGUUUCUGCCAUUCGUUUUGUACUCCGAUCUUGAACCCGACAGAACCCUGAUUCGUGUUUUGGAUCUCGAAGUGACUUAGUGCACACAUCCUCCUCCAAAUCCUGGACGAGGAAAACGCAAAAUGCAAAUUUGCGAACUUUAAAGCCACAACAAUCUAAUAUGAAUCAAAGACCAUCUGGAA